AUGAAGCUCACCUGGAAGGAUAUUCCUCCCGUCCCGACUCACCAGGAGUUUCUAGACAUUGCUCUGAGCAGAACGCAGCGCAAAUUGCCCACACAGAUUCGUGCCGGUUUCAAAAUUGGCAGAAUUCGAGCUUUCUAUACCAGAAAGGUCAAGUUCACCCAAGAGACGUUUUCCGAAAAGUUUGCCUCCAUCCUCGAGACUUUCCCCCGACUGCAGGACAUCCACCCAUUCCACAAGGAUCUCCUCAACACCCUCUACGAUGCCGACCAUUUCCGCAUCGCUCUCGGCCAGCUUUCUACCGCCAAGCAUCUGAUUGAGACCAUUUCCAGAGAUUACGUCCGUCUCCUCAAAUAUGGCCAGUCUCUUUUCCAGUGCAAGCAGCUGAAGAGAGCCGCCCUCGGUCGCAUGGCCACCCUUGUCAAGCGUCUCAAGGACCCUCUGCUGUACCUUGACCAGGUCCGCCAGCAUCUUGGCCGUCUGCCUUCCAUUGACCCCAACACCCGCACUCUUCUCAUCUGCGGUUACCCUAACGUCGGCAAGUCGAGCUUCCUGCGCAGCGUCACCCGCGCCGACGUCGACGUUCAGCCAUAUGCCUUUACCACCAAGAGUCUCUUUGUUGGACACUUUGACUAUAAAUACCUGCGCUUUCAGGCCAUCGAUACCCCUGGUAUUCUCGACCACCCUCUCGAGGAGAUGAACACUAUCGAAAUGCAGAGUAUCACUGCUAUUGCCCAUCUUCGAUCAGCCAUUCUCUACUUUAUGGAUCUGUCCGAGCAGUGCGGCUACUCCGUCUCGGCCCAGAUUCACCUUUUCAAGAGCAUCAAGCCUCUAUUCUCCAACAAGCUCGUCUUUGUUGUGGUCAACAAGAUUGACGUGACCCGUCCCGAGGACCUCGAGCCCGAGCUCAAGGCCGAGCUGGACGGCAUCCUGAAGCCCGGUGAGGUUGAGAUGCUUCAGCUUUCGUGCAACACCCAAGAGGGUGUUCAGGAGGUCAAGAACGCUGCCUGCGAGCGCCUCAUUGCCGAGCGUGUCAACCAGAAGCUCAAGGCUGGUACCGCCAGCAGCGGCAACAUCGGUGGCCGUCUCGCCGAUGUCAUGGCUCGUAUCCACGUUGCCCAGCCCAUGGCCGGCCAGACUCUGGAGACUUUCAUUCCUGAUGCCGUCAAGGGCCUCAAGAAAUACGACAAGGAGGAUCCUGAGCGCCGCAUGCUUGCCAGGGAUGUCGAGGCCGAGAACGGCGGUGCCGGUGUCUUCAGCGUUGACAUGAAGGCCGACUACCUGCUCAAGAACCCCGAGUGGAAAUAUGACAAGAUUCCCGAAGUCUUCAACGGCCAAAAUGUCUUUGACUUUGUCGAUCCCGAAAUCGAUGCUAAGCUGGCUGCUCUAGAAGAGGAAGAGGAGAAGCUCGAGCAAGAAGGCUACUAUGACUCUGACGAGGAGAUUGACGAUGACGAGGAGACCGAGGUCCUGCGCAAGGCUGAGCUCAUCCGCGAGAAGCAGCAGCUCAUCCGCAACGAGGCCCGCAUGAAGAAGCGCCUCAAGAACCAGGCCAUCAUUCCCCGCAAGAAGGUCAAGAAGUCCAUCUCCGAGUUUGACGACGCCCUCGACGCCCUCGGCCACGACACCACCGAGAUGACGGAGCGCGCCCGCGCCAAGUCGCGCCCCCGCGGCCGUUCCACGACCCGCAGCCGCGCCGGCACCGAGGAUGCCGACGCCAUGGAGGUGGACGAUCCCAAGGCCCGUCUCCGCUCCAAGAGCCGCCCCGCCAGCCGCGCGCCCACGUCGAGCCGCAGGGACGCCGGUGUCCAGGACGAGACCAAGCUGACCAAGGCCGACCGCAUCUCCAAGCUGAACCAGCGCAGGAUGAACAGAAUGGCCCGGCAGGGUGAGGCCGAUCGCUUCAUCGGCACGGCCAUGCCCAAGUACCUCUUCUCCGGAAAGCGUGGUAUCGGCAAGACGGACUGGAAAUAA